AUGACCCGCACGGACCCGCCGGAUCUGCUGGUGUCAACCGUGUACCAGGACAUCAAAGUGGCGGCUCCGGGCCCAGCCUCGCGCCGUCCGACAUGUGAGCGCCCCAUGGCCCGGCCUACCGCGCCCGCGCCUUUCAAUAAGCGCCACUGCCGCAGCUUCGACUUUCUGGAGGCGCUGGACGGCCCGACCAUGGAGGAACAGCGAGGGCACGGGCAACCGGAUCUGCCACCCUCAGAGCCCGCAGCGCCGCGCCCCAGGCCUCGCGACGGCGAGACCCGGCGCCGCGCCCGCUCCAAGAGCACGCCGCGCGCCCCCCCGGGCCUGGUGCCCGCUGCUCCUGCCUCACCCCCAGUGUUGCCCCGCCGAGGCCGGGAAGCCCAGCGGGCAGCGCGCACCGAGGCGUCUCCGCGCCGGGAAGCUGCCUACCCGGCGCUGCGUGCACUCGCCAACGAAGUGCACCCCAUCAAACUACAGCCGCAACGGGGCGGCCCCGGCCGCAUAGCACCCCUGUGUGCCACCGCUGGCCGCUGCCCGCCACCGGAGCUGCACCCGGGGCCCGCCCCGCACGUUCGCUGUCGCCUGGACAUCAAGCCGGACGACGCGGUGCUGCAGCACGCCGCCCGGGGCCCGCGGCCCUCCGGGCUCGCUAACGCUGCGCCUUGGGUCCGCGGCGCCCCUCAGCUGCACAGCCGCACAGUUCCAGGCCCUCGGCAUGUGGCACUGUCCCGCACGCCCACCCCCAGCGACUCGUACUGUGCGGACCCCCGAGCGCUGUACUGCGACGGGCCCCUGCCUGGGCCCCGGGAUUAUGCAGAGCGCCGCAGCCUGUCUUUCGCCACCCCACCAGGUCCCACCCAAUUCUUCUACACCGAGGAUCCCGAGGUCUACCCCGGCGGCGGCUUUGCGGUCAGCCCAGGCCCUCCCUUCGAUGGCUACUGCCCCAGGCCUUAUGCAUCUGAAGAGCCUCCGGGUCCCAGUCCUCGGCAUGGGGGCGGCUACUACACGGGGGAAGUCCGGGCCUUCCCGAUACAGGAGCCUCCCUCCCGCUCCUACUACAACGAGGUGCCCCGCGCCUACGGCCCGCCCUGCGGCCCUCGCUAUGUCCCGGAGGAGCCCCGGGUCCAUCCAGCGGCUCGAUCCUUCCAUACGGAGGACUGGGGACGGUACCGUGAGCGCGACGCUCUGGCUCGGACUUACCCUUACCCACGCGGCAGCUCAGCCUGGGGCGACUGGGGACCGCGGCCUUACCGCACCCUGCAGGUGGCACCGCCCCCGGACUCUGGGCCGCUGCUCGCCUCGUGGCAUGGCGGCACGGGUACCAGUCCACCCCGGUUGGUCACCGACAGCCGCCACUACUCUCGUUCCUGGGACAACAUUCUGGCUCCUGCGCCGCGUCGGGAUGACCCCCUGGGCCGCGGCCGCAGCUAUGAGAACCUGCUGGGGCGUGAAGCGCGUGAGCCUCGAGCCUCAUCCCCCGAAGGCAGGCGCCCACCGGUCAUCGUAAACUUGUCCACCUCCCCCCGGCGCUACGCGGCGCUGUCUCUGUCUGAGACGUCGCUGUCAGAGAAAGGUCGCGCUGGCGAAGGCCUAGGCCGAGCCUGGUAUGUCACACCAGAGAUCACCAUUACGGACAACGACCUUCGCAUCGCAGAGCGCCCGUCGGCCAGGGCCUGGGAGGUGUCUGGGAGCCACAAGCAGCCGCCGCCGCCCACUGCGGCCGACGGCCCUGCCCCGGGUCGCCAGCGCAGCCUGGAGCAGCUAGACGAGCUUAUCACAGACUUGGUCAUCGACUCGAGGCCCCCAGUAGGCCCGGCCGCCGAGCGCGCGGCUGGUAGCCCGGGCAGCCAGCUUCAUCGUCUGCUGGACCUGAGGCCCGCAGGCACCGCGCUGGCGCUGGCUCGCUCGCCGCCCGCCUCCGCCGGCAGCGCAGAGGAGCCGGCGGGCUCAGGGGAGGCGGCCGACGCGUCCCCAGAGCCCAGCGCCGACGAGGAUGACCUCAUGACCUGUUCCAAUGCACGCUGUCGGCGCACCGAGACUAUGUUCAAUGCCUGCCUCUAUUUCAAGUCGUGUCAUAGUUGUUACACCUACUACUGUUCACGUCUGUGCCGCCGCGAGGACUGGGACGCGCACAAGGCGCGCUGCGUGUACGGCCGCGUGGGCAGCGUGUGCCGCCACGUGCUGCAGUUCUGCCGUGACAGCGGCCCGGUGCACCGCGCCUUCUCACGCAUCGCGCGCGUCGGCUUCCUGUCGCGUGGCCGAGGCGUGCUCUUCCUGGGCUUCCCGAGUCCCGGCUCGGCCGACAACUUCCUGCGCUUCGGCCUGGAGGGGCUGCUGCUGUCGCCCACCUACUUGUCGCUGCGCGAGCUGGCUACACACGCCGCGCCCCUGGGUGGCUACGCGCGUGAGCUGGCGGCUGCUGGGCGCCUUUACGAGCCGGCCGAGUGCUUCCUGCUCAGCGUGUCCGUGGCUGUAGGUCCCGGUGCGGCGCCCCCCGGGGCCCCUGGCAGACCCGCGCCGCGCAGUGCCGGCCCCACGGUACGCAAGUUCGCCAAGGUGGCUCUGGCGGCCGGCAGUCCCGCGCGCCCGCCACUAGCACGAGGCCGCGAGGCUGACAUGGAGACGCUGAUCCUGACGCCGCCGCCCGGCACCGCUGGCCUGGAUCAGGAAGGCGAGGCCGGCCGCCGCGCGCGCGAGGUCGCCUUCAUCCACAUCCAGCGAGAGCUGCGCCUGCGCGGCGUCUUCCUGCGCCACGAGUUCCCACGAGUCUACGAACAACUCUGCGAGUUCGUCGAGGCCAACCGGCGCUUCACGCCCACUACCAUCUACCCCACCGACCGGCGCACUGGCCGCCCCUUCAUGUGCAUGAUCAUGGCCGCCUCUGAGCCACGCGCGCUCGAUUGGGUGGCCAGCGCCAAUCUGCUGGAUGACCUCAUGUGA